AUGGCUGCCAUCGAUAGCAUUGGCAAUGCAGACCUGCCGGGUACAGCACCGCCUCCACGGCCUCACCACCAACGAACCAAGUCUUCUGUCCUCAGAUCAUUCAUCCACCGCCGAAACAAUUCCGAGGGCUCUGCACUGCCCUCCUCUGUCUCCGUGCCUGCCGCGGUAGUGAACGGCCAACAGGACCUCGGACUCGGCGUGACAGAGUCACCAUCAGACAUGGGCUUCCGAGGAUUUUCGAGACCCGGCCGGGCUCUCGGCGAGCUACAGCAGAACCAGCAGGACCAAACACCCCGGUCGCCAAAGAAGUCAAGCAAGGAUGAACAGCAGCACGACGAACGGCCCAGAUCACCAAAGAAAGGCGGCUUCCCCACCUUGUCGCUGAAGACGCAGGCCGCAAAGGAAGCGGCCAAACUCGCCAAGGCCAAGGAUGCUGCCUUGGGCAAGCCUAAGAAGACAAAGUCGGCGACGAACUUGGCAACCUUCCUGUCUCGGCCUAAAUCUCUCAAGAACUUGCACAAGUUGGCCGCUGAGGAGGAGGCCACCAGGGAGUCGAGGGACAAGGAGAACAGGACGCCGCCGAGCUCGAUUGGGAACGACAGCUCUGCCCCGACGCCCAUCUACGUCCAGUUCUGCAGUGACGCUUCGCCGAGCGAAGGCGCCGCACCGUCGCCCCUUGCAACUAAGGGCUUCGGAUUCUCAUCUGCCAGUACGCCUUCCGACGGCACCCCGGCUUUGAAGCAGAGACCCAAGUCGUUUCAACCAGCAUACCUCUCCAAUCACGGUAACAGUGCGACGGGCCAGCUGAAGCAAGAGCAAGAUAAAAAGCACAAGAAGACGGGCUUAUCCUCGACUUGGGGCCGGAGGGAUAAGAACGCCCGCCCUGGUGUCAUGACCGCCUUUUCCGGCCCCGGCAAAAGGUCCCAGGAUGGCGCUUCGGAGUUAACACCGCCCAAGAUCGCACCGGACGAAAUCGAUACUCACUUGGAGGCCAUGCUGGAUCGGCGAAACAUCCCAGAACACCAGAGAUACAAGAUGAGAAACCUCAACAACACGAUCAAGAUGGAAUUCAUCAGACAAGACUGGGCCGAGAACCAGGCUAAGCAGCUCGAUCGGCCCCGCAGUCACGAUAGCAACUCUUCUAUGGAAGGUGUCACCACCGCCUCGGACCUGGAGAAACCAAAGAAACAAUUCCGAGUGAAGGGUCUGACUCUGUCCAAGGGCGGUAGCAAAGGCCCCAGCUCUCCCACGAAAAAGCGGCCCGAAGGUACCCUAGGCCGGCACUUUCGCUCCAAGUCGGCCGAGAGCGUCGUCGCGCCGGAGCGAACGUCGAUGGAGACAACUUCCUCCGGCAGUAGCAGUAUCUUCUCCAAAGUGAAGCUGCACCAAAGCCCCACGGACUAUGUCGCGUAUCUUCGGAAGGUCCAGAAGCCGGAGCUGGUUGAGGUGGGGAAGCUGCAUAAGCUUCGACUGCUGUUGCGAAAUGAGACAGUGACUUGGACUGAGGAGUUCAUACGCCAAGGGGGCAUGAAGGAAGUAGUCGAUCUACUGCAUCGUAUCAUGAAAGUGGAGUGGAGAGAGGAACACGAAGAUGCUCUCCUUCACGAAAACUUGCUCUGCCUCAAGGCGCUAUGCACAACUGCGCUUGCUCUGCAGUAUCUCCACUCCAUACAGGAAACGCUCUUCCCUGCUCUAAUCCACAUGAUCUUCGACCCGGAGAAGAAAGGCCCCAGCGAGUUCACGACACGGAACAUCAUCACUUCUGUCCUGUUCACCUAUAUUCAGAGCGCACCCCCCGAGGCCCGCGUAUCGCGAGCACAGACAGUCCUCUGCUACCUCCGGGAUCCGGAACCGAAGGAGGAAGAACGCCCCGUGAGUUUCGUCAUGGACAUGCGGCGUGAGCGUCCCUACCGCGUCUGGAGCAAGGAGAUUGUCAGUGUUACGAAGGAGGUCUUCUGGAUCUUCCUGCACAAUCUCAAUGUCAUUGCGCUGCCGGCAGACAAGGCGACCAAGGGUGGACAGCCCAUCGAGCACUCGGCGGCGUCUCGGAACACCGAGGAUCUAGCAUACAUGGCCCAGAACUUUCCGCAGGAGCGCCCUCCGGUGCCAGCGGCUCCCUAUGUCGGCGGUGUCGAAUGGGAAGCAACCAACUACCUGGCGUCGCAUCUCGACCUCAUGAACGCAAUUCUGGCGUGCACGCCCACUCGCCAUGCGAGGAACUUGCUCCGGGAGCAACUGCGCGUCUCGGGUAUAGAGCGCUGCCUGGGCGGCAGUCUCCGUCUCUGCAAGGAGAAGUUCUACGGGGCCGUGCACGAUGGCCUCCGGACCUGGGUGGCGGCUGCGCAUGAGGACGGAUGGGACGUACAGGACGUGCGGUAUGGCCCGCCAGCUGAGUCGCGCAGCCCGCCCAAGAAGAACAUCGCUCCUGCGCCCAAGUUGGAGAUGCCCAAACUGGACUUUGGCCUGUGA